AUGUACAAUGUUGAGAACUAUGAUUCCUCAAUUGAUUCAUUCCAUCUAUACACAGUGUAUUAUUUAAAGGAUGCUGUUCUUAAUGGUGGCAUUCCAUUUAACAAAGCCUACGACAAGACAAUAUUUGAUUACUUUGGAACAGAUGCUAGAUUCAACAAAGUUUUUGACAACGGAAUGUCAAACUACUCAGCCAUUAUAAUGAAAAAAUUGCUUGAAAUUUAUAAAGGAUUUGAAGGUGUAUCUACCUUGGUUGAUGUAGGUGGUGAUACUGGUGCUACUCUUAACAUGAUUCUCUCAGCAUACCCCACCAUCAAGGGUAUUAAUUUUGAUUUGCCUCGUGUUAUUGAAGUUGCACCCAAUUAUAAAGGUGUGGAGCAUGUAGGAGGAGAUAUGUUUAUAAGUGUACCAAAAGGAGAUGCCAUAUUCAUGAAGUUGGUAUGCCAUUGUUGGAGUGAUGAGGAAUGCGUAAAGUUGUUGAAGAAUUGCUAUGAAUCCUUGCCAGAAGAUCAUGGCAAAGUAAUAGUGUGCGAGUACAUACUUCCAAUUGCACCAGAAACUAGCUAUGCGGCGAGGAUGGUGUUCCAAUCUGAUGCCAUCAUGUUGGCUCAAAAUGGUGGUAAAGAAAGAACUGAGUUAGAAUACAUGAAUUUGGCCAAAAGAGCAGGAUUUAAAGGUUUUAGAGUUGCAUCUUCAACUUAUGAUAUUAAGGUCAUUGAGUUAUUCAAAAAUGCCUAAUGAACUCUCAUCUUUAAAUGAUGAUUGUCAAAGUCUCAUUCAAUAAAUGAUGUGUUAGAAGCUUCUUAGAUGAUUGUAGAUGGAUUUUCUCUAUUUCAAGCAAUAAAAGAAGUCUUUGAUGUUCAUCCAAUAAUGAAAUUGU